GGCUGCAUUCAGCAGACUCAACUAAAAAGCCUAAAAUCAAAGAGCCUCCAACAACGCAAACUGCCUCCACGUUUUUGAUUGGCUGUACUAUAUGACGUCAGAAUAUGUCAUGUUUGCGAGGAAAAAUCGUACAGUUCGCUAGCUGUCUGCUAGAUAAGAAGGUUGCGAGGUUAUUUUACAUUAGAAUGUGAAGGCAGAAAAAUAAGAGUGUAUCUAUCAUAGAAUACAAAUAUUUGUAGUUAUGUUGCGGUGUUUAAAUAUUGAUUUGCAUCAUGGUACGAGUAUGUAGUGCAAAUAAUUGUUCAAAUAAGUAUAGUACUGGGAUAAAGUUCAGGAGGUGCCCUUGUAUUUCUCAUCUGCAGCAACAAUGGUUAGAAAAAUUAAAUAGAAGUACUAUGAGAAAUGAAUUUUAUCUUUGUGAGGAACAUUUCAGCAGAGAAGAUUUACAAACAAAUACUCGAAGCCUUAUUCUUACAAUUUUUUGCAACUACUCAAAUACUUGUAGGAAUGUCAAACCUUUGCAGGUCAAUAAUAAAACUUUUAAUCCUUUAGAAGAUCAUCCAGGACUACCAAAACAUCUACAGAAUAGGAAUAAAAAGACAAGUAAUAAAGAGAAUGAAAAACUUUGCAUCAAAAGAGGACGUCCAAAAAAAGAAUGUAUACAUGAGACACAAUGUCCCAUAGCCUUAAGAAGACAGAUCGUUUCAUCUUUGGUUCCUCGACCAACUGCGAUAGAGUCCACUUCACAAAGAAAUGUAUCUUCUAGCUAUAUGCAUUGUAAUAAUCAGUCGAGUCAUAAUGUAACACAUUGUGAUACGAAUAUGAAUGUGGACCUUAGUGAAUGUAAAAUACCUUCCAGCAUUGUGCAAUACGAUCAGUCGAGUCAUAAUAUAGGAGUAACAUCUUGUGAUACGAAUAUGAAUAGAGACCUUGACGAAUGUCAAGUACCUUCUAGCAUUAUGCACUGUGAUAAUCAGUCGAGUCAUAAGAUAGGAGUAACACAUUGUAGUGCGAAUAUGAAUGUGAUUCUUAGAGAAUGUAAGGUACCAUUGAUAGCAAGUAAGAUGAGUGAAGUCCAAACAACAACUGAUUUUAACCAAAGUAUUAAUAAUAAUAAUCAAAGUACAAAUAAUAAUACUGGUCUAAGUGCAAUAGCGAAACUACGGGACUUUAGUCAAAGUAAUAACAUUCAUACAUUGACAAACUCCAUAUAUGAAAAUGUUGAACAAUGCGGGAAUUCUAAAAGUAAUGUUAAUUCAAAGAGUAGCAUUGUGAUAAGUACCACAAGAUAUAGCAGAAAUUCGGAGUGUGAAUCUAUUAAUAACAAUAUAAUAGUGAGAAACAUGACUGGACCUGAUAGUUAUAUAAUAUUAGGUGUAUCACGACGGCUUUUAUGA